CAGUGUGGAUGGCUUGUAAAAUUUCUUCACUUGAACACUUGCUGAAAUAAUAAAUGCUGUAUACAGCUGCGAUUGGCUGACUUAAACCAGCCCCAGCCUCGGCGCAGCACCGCUGACCGCUGGAAACCCCGCCCCUUUAUGCUAAUAAAAGACACAAUCCUGGCCGAGGGAACAGUCGCUCUCUGAUUGGUCAGGUAAAACCCAUUUAUUCCCUGACAGCCCCCAUCACAUGAAUGGUUGUCUAUUAACUUGUUCAAAAAGUAUCAGGAGUUGUCAAGGCUGUGCUGAAGGGGGAAAAGUAGUUUGUUGAUUCUUAAAGACCAAGAGAGAAGUUUGUGGACACAGCAGGACCUGCAGGGAGAGAGAGAGGGGGGAAAGUCGUUUUACUUUUUUCAGUAAAGUUACUGAAAGCAGCAAGGUAACAACAGCGAACUUCCUCCGUUUUGGACCCUUUUUUUUCCUUUGGUGAGGCAGGGUCACACAGAAUCAGUUUGAAUGUACAACAUGAUGGAAACCGAACUCAAGCCCCCCGCCCUCCAGGCCAAUGCUGGGGGCACGGGGAACUCCAACUCUUCAGGAAACUCCCAGAAAAACAGCCCCGACCGAGUCAAGAGACCCAUGAACGCCUUCAUGGUGUGGUCGAGGGGGCAGCGGAGGAAAAUGGCGCAGGAGAACCCUAAAAUGCACAAUUCGGAAAUUAGCAAGAGACUCGGGGCCGAGUGGAAACUUUUAUCGGAGAACGAGAAGCGACCCUUCAUCGACGAAGCGAAGCGUCUCCGGGCUCUCCACAUGAAGGAACAUCCGGAUUACAAAUACCGACCGAGGCGGAAAACCAAGACUCUGAUGAAGAAAGAUAAAUACACCCUACCGAGCGGGCUGCUUGCGCCCGGCGGCAACACUAUGAGCUCCGGGGUGGGUGUAGGGGCUGGUUUGGGAGCCGCCGUCAAUCAGAGGAUGGACAGCUACGCUCAUAUGAAUGGCUGGACUAACGGCGGCUACGGCAUGAUGCAGGAACAGCUGGGCUACCCGCAGCACCCUGGGCUAAAUGCGCAUAACACGGCACAGAUGCAGCCCAUGCACCGUUAUGACAUGAGCGCGCUUCAGUACAAUUCCAUGACCAGUUCACAGACCUACAUGAACGGAUCUCCCACGUAUAGCAUGUCCUACUCCCAGCAAAGCACCCCAGGAAUGACGCUGGGCAGCAUGGGUUCGGUGGUCAAGUCGGAGUCCAGCUCGAGUCCACCUGUAGUCACUUCGUCUUCUCAUCCAAGGGCUCCUCCGUGUCAGACCGGAGACCUCCGGGACAUGAUCAGUAUGUAUUUACCAGGUGCUGAAGUACCAGAACCAACUGCCCAAAGCAGACUUCAUAUGUCUCAACACUACCAGAGCGCACCUGUACCCGGUACAGCUAUUAAUGGCACACUUCCACUGUCACACAUGUAAAUUAACUUUUGUUAUAGAAACUGGACUUCUCUGGACUAUUUUUGUACAGAACAUUUUGGGGAGGGAAAGAAGUUGUAUAGCGCUCAAGGAAAGAACACAAAACUUUUUUUUUCUUUUUCUUUUUUUAAAGAAAAAAAUAUAGUGGAACGGUAGGACCUUUGCGAAGUUUUGCAAAAGUGUUUACCAGUUAAAUAAGAAUAGAACGAGCUAGUCUCAAUCGAUUAAAUGUUUUAUUAUUCCAAGCAACUUUUGUACAGUAUUUAUCAAAGAAACAUAGCAAUCAAAAUGUCUAAUGUUUGUAAACUAUAAGAAGUUGCCAAUUUUAUAAACAGCGGUUGUGAAAAAGACAACGACGAGUUCCAUUGGGUUCUAAGUAAAAGAACAGAAGUUAUAUUAAACGAUAAAGUUUCUCCUUGGAGGUGAAAUAGACUGUACUAAACCGUUUUACUUUGGUUAAAAAAUCUUUAUCUCACAGGUUAAAAAAUACUUGUUAAUUUAUAUAUUUUGUUUCCCACUUUUCAUCUGUUAGAAAACACGAAGUUUGUGUUCAUUAUUUUCUCAUGGUUUGUAAUAUUUCUGUAAAUUUUAUUGUGAUAUUUUAAGUUUUUAUUUUAAAUUUACAUUUCCGUAGUUGUAUUUUGAAAUUCGGGUCUGUAUUUUGAACCAGUCGCCGAUACUCCAUGUAUAUAUUUGAACUAAUAACAUCCUUAUAACAGUUUCCACUUCAGCUUAAGUUUUUUUUUUCAUUAUGCAGAGUUUGAAUGAAUAAAUUUUUGAAAUUUGGAUACUUGAA